AUGGAGAGAAGAAAGUCAUUUCUGGGCAAUACCGGUCCUAGUACGGGGACUACAAUCAAAGGUUUGCAACUAUUCAUUGCUGAUCUGAGAGCGUCACAACACUCGCAAGACCAGGAGAAAAGGAUCCAGUCUGAAAUCUUUAAGGUCAAACAAUAUUUUAAUUCCAGCUCUGGCAAGAAAUCUAAGGAUAAACUGGAUGGUUAUCAAAGGAAAAAGUAUAUUUUGAAGUUGGCAUACAUCUACAUCACUUCUAACACGAGUAAACUGGAUGAUAUCAUCUUUGCGCUGAGAGAAACGCUGGAACUGACACGUGCGAAUACUUUUUCUGAGAAGUUCACUGGCUAUAUGACAUUAAGUCUGUUGUUCCAACAUAAACAGGUAAGUGAAGAACUCGAUGCUGAUAUCAUGAAUCAGUUAAUUAUUGAUUUGUCGGCAAAUAACGAAAAUUAUCUUGCAUUAGCAUUGAAUUUCAUAGGUACAUGUGGUUCUGUGACGCCUGAAUUCGGACUGAACGAGGAUCUAGUCACACAUGUAUUCCAAGUCUUAAGAUCACCUACUUCAACACAAUAUUUGAAGAAAAAAGCAGCCUUAGCAUUCUUAACUUUAAUUAAAGGAAAUCCAACAAUAUUAACGGACAAUGCACAACGGAAACAGAUCUGGAUACAAAGGAUUUUGAGUCUUCUAGAUGAUAAAAACAACUAUAGACUAACAUUAACAGUACUUCCACUGGUGCGAUACAUAGCAGAUAAACUGAAUCCUUCAUAUUGUAAAAGAUUAAUACCGCAACUGGCUGAAAUUCUUUACAACUCUGUUGUAGUUGGCACUUCUCCAGGCAGUAAUUUCCCAACAGAAUAUAAAUUCGCUAACAUGCCAAAUCCAUGGCUUAUUCUUAAGAUCGUUUCCCUAUUGAAUAGUUUGAUUAUUUCUCCAAGGGAGUCGAGUUUUGACCAAAUUGCAGCUUCAGGAUCGCAAUUUAUUCACAUAAAUGAAAUUGACUCAGAAACACUAGGUAAAUUAAGAAUGUGUGUCAUGCAAGCAAUUGACUUGGCUUCGCGAAAAUCUAUUGAUAUGAUGGAGAGGCUGGUUCAGAAUACAAUUCUCUUUUCUUUGAUCAAUUUUGCCUCUAAAUUGGAUCCCUCUGAAGAUGCGAUUGUGAACGCCGUAAAUAUCCUAUGUUCACUAUUAGAAUCCUCAGAGAUCAAUGUUAGAUACUUGACGCUGGAUUCUUUGGUAAAAUUAUGCUCUUUUAGCGGUAAAACUGCUGUUGAUACAGUAUGUAAAGACAAUCUGGAUUCUAUCUUCUACUUAUUAAACACGGAAAGAGACCCUUCUAUUGUCAAAAAAGUCAUCGAUUUAUUGUUCACAUUUACAAAUGUCGACAAUAUCAAGACUAUUGUGGAAAAUCUUCUCAAAUUUUUAGGAAAUUCUAAGAAUUUUGCUACCAGCGAUAUUAAAUCUGAUCUCCUAGUAAAACUUGCAGUUUUUACGGAGAGAUACGCAACGGAUUCAAAUUGGUUUGUUGAAACUACGUUAAAAUUAUUGUCUCUGAGUGACAUUGCAUCUUUAAAGGACGAAGAGGUGUGGCACCGACUUUGCCAGAUUGUUGUGAAUAACCCCGAGCUUCGUAUUUUCGCCUGUGAAAAGUUGGUGGACUACCUACAGGAAAAUCAAACGUCAGAGCCAAUACUGAAAUCUGCUGCAUUUAUAAUUGGUGAAUAUGGUGACCUGAUUUCUGAAAAGGUCACAAUUCCUAAGUUGUUUAAUCUUUUCACGGACAAAUAUUUUGCAUCUUCUAAUCUAACGAAGGCAAUGAUUUUAACAACAAUGAUGCAAUUAUAUAAGUUUCAACCCGAGAUUAGUUCGCAUGUGAUAAAGUUUUUUCAAAUUGAGCUCAACUCUCUAGAUAUUGAAUUACAACGAAGAUCAUUUGAAUACUUGAAAUUGAUACAAGUCGUUAAUCUGAGUGCAAAUAUAAAUCUACUAAAUUUACUGUUUGCUCCGCAGCCACCAUUUAAUAGUAAGUCAAAUCCUUUACUAAAGAGAUUAGCCCAUCUACCAUCAACCUCAAACAGUAACAAUAAUGCAUCCGCUUCUUCUCUCAACUUGAACUCCAGAACAUUGUCUGCAGCAGAAAAGGAGGCUUCAGUUACACCAACUAUACAAUCAUCAAGACAAAGUCAUUCCUCUUCCGCUCUUAGCGUUGAGAGUAUCAAAGCAUUAGACAGUUAUUAUGUUCAACAGAAACUAGUAUCCAACUGGAGAGAGGGAUUUUCUAGAAUGAUCCAUUAUAAACAAGGUAUCCUAUUUAUCUCUCCCCUUAUGAAGAUAAUUUACAGGAUAAACGACGUCGGACUAUCUCAACUAAGUAUUGUGCUAACAUAUAUCAACCAAACAGAGUGGGAUAUAACGGGCCUUUCAACAGAGAUUAUUCCAUCAAGAACUCAAGAUAAUCCUGAAUACAUAAUUUCCAAGAGUGAAGUUCCUAGCUCCUCUACGAUUGCUCCCCACAAGAGAGUUGGACAAACGGUUGAAGUGGUAAUCAGGAAACCCUAUAGCAUCGAAGAGAGUCCGAUCAUCAAUAUCAAUUUCAGAUGUGGUGGAAGUUCUAAUUCAAUGAACCUGAAACUGGGUCUUGGGGUAACAGCCACAAUGAAAAAGAACUCAGAGAGCCCCGGAACUUCCCUCCAGCAAUUCGUUACACGUUGGAAGACCCUAAGAGAUGCGUUAGAUAAAGACGGCGAGUAUCACUUGAUGUCGUUGAAAAUAAGCGAAGAACACAAGAAAACAGACUCGUCAAUAUUGGUGUUCAAGACAUUAGAAAGAAUGGGCUUCGAGAUGGUGGAAAAAGAAAGUAUCUCUAAUACGUUAUUCGCGACAGGUGUUAUACACACAAAGACGGAUGGCAAUUUUGGAUGCUUGAUAAAAAUUCAAUAUCUCGAGGAAAAUGGUACUGUAUCAAUAACUGGAAGAACUACGACCCCAGGACCACUGGCUAAAUACAUUGUUGACUGUAUAAGGCAUGCGCUGGUAAAGUGA